AUGAAUGAAGCGUGGAUAAAGGCUGCUGACUUUAACGAGCUAGUAAACUCCUCUGAGAAAAUCGGAGGAGCCAUCAAGAAGGAAGAAUCUUGCCAGGAGUUCAGACAGAUGCUAGAAGCUUGCGGGAUGUGGGAGCUAGAGCACAAGAGUUACCAAUUUUUCUGUGAAGACUGGUCCAGACGGCUGAAACCGUGCAGCAGCGCCCAAGACCGCGCGCACCGGCCGAUCGGGGAACUAUCGUCCCACAAUCAGCCCGCUCAGAACACCACAUCUGUCCUGCCUAGUGCACGGCUGAGCGCACAUACCAAACCGGGAAGCAUCGCCCCGCGUUCGACCUGCCUGCUUACCACGAUAAGUGUACUACGCACGAUCGCACCGUCCGACCAGGAAGGCAUCGUCCCGAGUCCGGCCAGAACGCUCAACCAAAUUUAUCCGCCCGCCCGAACCCGACGACCGAACGAGAAAUCUCUCGGCCACGAUCGAUCCGAUCGUACCGAUGGCUGA